AUGAUUCUAUCAAAUCUGCUCAUAGCUUCUCUAGGCAUCAUUUCAGUCACCUCGUCUCAAACAUCCAGUGCCACCAAUGUUUGCCUAGAUGCACUCUCAUCAGAGCCUAAUGACGCCAAAAGUUUUUGCAAUCAUUAUUUAGUCUCGAGCGAUAUUCCUAUCCCUUCAUUUGUAUCACCGUGUUUGGCCACCGACCCAUCUGACAAUCAGUUAUUUGAAUCUUGUUACGAGCUGCUUCAUCAAUUGGAGAACGAAGUUUCACUACCUGAAGUGUCGCAUCUCGGCGUGAUUGAAUGGCCUGUCAAGCGUGGGGAAACAUUGCCUCGCGACGGAGGCUUCUUUAAUACAGGAAGUGUUCAAUCAGUAACAACCAACAUUGGUACAUAUGAUAAUUAUGGAUGUUUCGAAGAUGGCACUCGGGGAAAACCUUUGGGCUCUCCACUGCUCAACCUGACUGGAACCGCCGCGGACACAAUUCAGAGUUGUGUAAAUGCAUGUUCUAUCUCGGAGCAAAAUGGAACACCAUACCGCUAUGCCGGCAUAGAGCCUGGAUCUUGCUGGUGUUCUAAUUAUAUCUCGAUACUCGCUGUUAAAAGCUCUUCGUUUUGCCAAUCGACCUGCCCGUCUAACUAUGGCAAAUACUGUGGGGGUAUCGUUGGCGGAAUACUUCACAUGCAGAUAUAUGAGUUAAAAAAUGUGAAUCCUACGUCGACGACAUCUGUGAAAACGACAUCUUCUUCGUCGAAGUCUUCUGUUAAGUCAUCCAUCUCAACGUCACAGUCAGGGACUACAUCUUCAUCCAAACUCUUGAGUUUGACGACACAAACGAGCAGUCUAAAGUCUUCGUCGAUUUCCAAGUCUUCUUCUUCUAGCUCAACCAACCCCAUUUCUAGUAUAUCAACAGUCCCUACAAUUUCCACGACGAACAACAUACCAUCUACCUCUGUUUCACCAAUCAUCGAAAUAUCAUCCACCACUAAAUCAUUCGGUUUACCUCCCGACCCUCCAACUAUUCCUCCAAUCGUUGGUCCUACAGGCACAGAAAGUUACAUUCUACCAUCGGGUACUUUCGCUUACCCGAGUGAACAAUCAACUCCCACCCCAUCAUUCGGCUUGCCUCCCGAUCCUCCAACUAUUCCUCCUAUCGUUGGUCCUACUGGUACCGACAGUUACGUUCAACCGUUGGGUACCUUUGCUUACCCUAGUGAAGUUUCUCCUACAGGUAAAUCCAAUCCUUGGGCAUCUCUAACACUUGAGGAGCCUGACUUUUGGACACAAGUACCUUCUGACGCAGUUCCAGGCUUUGUAGAACCAACGACUACUCCUCAACCCAUCUCCACAGGAACAUCUCCCCCUCAAAAGGUUAAACGCGAGUAUGAUAUCACCGCCCCUGAUAGUCCAUGGCUUUCUCUGUUUCCCCUAAACUCCCCAGAGAUCCUUAAGGAAGUUCUUCCCGGCCAAGUUCCAGGAUGGGAUCAACACGCCAUAGCUAAAGAGAAAAAGCUCAAGUCUCGGAAAUAUGAUUUAAAUGCUCCAGAAAGUCCCUGGCUUCCUCUUCUCCCCCUAACUUCUCCAGAAAUUCUCAAAGAAGUCGCUCCUGAUCAAGUUCCAGGUUGGAAACAACAAGCUAUUGUUUCAAGAUCUCAUAAAAUGAAACGUGAAUACGAUAUCAAUGCCCCUGACAGCCCCUGGAAACCCCUCUUUCCUCUAACCUCCCCAGAAAUCCUCAAAGAAGUCGCUCCCGAUCAAGUUCCGGGCUGGAAACAAAAACCCGUCUCCCCACCGCCCUCACCCGCAAAACGCGAAUACGAUAUCAACGCCCCCGACAGCCCCUGGCGACCCGUCCUUCCCCUCUACACUCCCUCCAUCCUCAAAUCCGUACCCGAAGACCAAGUUCCCGGUUGGCGAGGCCAAGCUUCUGCUCCUCUCAUUCCCGAUUCCGACAUUCCUCCACGAACUAAAUCUAAAUCUAAACCCAAAACCAAACAUCGUCGCCAACUCGGGCCUCUCCCAGAAAAUUUCCUCGAACCUCCCGGCCGUCCAGAUUUCAUCAAAGCCUUCCCAGAAAAGGACAAAAACAAACCCCUCCCCGCACCCUUCAACAAAAUGCUCGGUGCCGUCGACCCCCAAACCGGCAAAAAAAUACCCAUCCCAAAGCCGAAACCCAGAUACAGCCAUUCGAAAAUCAGCCUGCAGAAAUUCCCUAGCUUGAAAGAAAUCGGAUUGGAACAAGACGGGAGAGAACAUCUCGUUAAGGAGCGCGUAGAUGAAGAUGAAGAUGAAAAAACCGAAAACGCAAAAAGAAUCUCGGAUCUGCAGAAAAUUAGAGAUAGACGCUAUGCGCACAAACUCCAUUUACAAGGAACGCCCAAAGCGUAUGCGGAGAUGCGCGAGGAGAGCGAGGGAAGGGUACGUAAGGGACAGAGGAAAAUGAAGAUGGAGGAGUGGGAGGAGAGGAUUUUUAGGGGAGUGGGAGAAGAGGGAGGGAAAGGGGAGGAUGGGUUGUUGGAGAGGGAGGAUGCGAUUGUUGCUCGGGGGAUUUGGGAGGAGAUGAGCAGGAACUGGGAGGGGUGGAUGGGGAGGGGGAGGGGGAGAGGGAGGAAAGAAAUUGGAUUGGGAGGGAACUUGUAG